AUGGCCACUCCUAUUGACUUAGAGACCAAUGUACAAUGGAGUAAAGCCACUUUUGCUGAUGUGGUUGGUAAAAGCUCCAAUUUCCAAAGCUCUGUGGAAGUAAUGGCUACCUUUCAUGAAGGGGUAGGUAAGGGGGAGCUGCCUUUUGUUAAACAACUAAGCAAGAAGUCAGGGAAACCUGCUGCUUUAUUUUCUGAAGCUGAAAUCAAUUCACUCUCAUCCUCCUUUAAAUUCACUUUGGUUGGUAAAUUUCAAUAUGGCCAUCCAAAAAUGGAGGCCAUUCGAAAGUAUUUUGAAGAUUUAAAACUACUGAGUGAUUGGAAAGUUAGACUAAUUGAUGGAAGGCAUUUCUCCAUUCAUCUUUCCAGAGAAGAAGACUACACCAGAUUGUUUGCUAAGCAGAUUCUGUAUAUUGAAGGAAUGGCAAUGAAAUUACUGAAAUGGCCAUCUGAGUUUGAUCCAAGUCAGGAACCCCCCAUACUUCCUACUUGGUUCAAACUUCCAGGGCUAAAACAUCACUUCUUCCACCAUCAAGUGCUUUUCACAAUAGGAAUAGCUCUUGGCAGACCAAUGAAAAUUGAUGUGCCAACCUACAACCUCUCAAGACUCUCUGCUGCCAGAAUCCUAGUUGAAAGGGAUAUAACACUUCCUGAAGUGGAUGAAAUUUGGUUGGGAACAGCCCACAAUGGCUCCUGCCAAAAGAUUGUAAUGGAACAAAAGACAUAUUACUGCACUCAUUGCAAAAUGUUUGGACACUCCAACACUAGAUGCUUCAAACUCCAUCCAAAUACUAGAACUAACACAAAACUUCAAGAACCCACUUCAGUCCCAGCUGUUGCAAAAGAGCAACCUGUUGGUGGAGUGCACACUGAAGAUCAGGAUGGACCCAAUGUACGGCACCUCAAGGAGUGA